AUGACGCCUCACGAGAAGCUUGGUGACCGUAGGCUGUCCCAGUCUCGCACCAACCGUCUGACUCAGCUCUUUUCCGCGUCCCCCAAGAACAAAGAGCAGCUUUCUGCUCAGCAGUCUCUGCUGGCCGUGCAGCAGGUUGCCACCUCAAAUCAGAUCACCGCUCCCUCAUUAUCGCUGCCGACCAUCUCUCUAUCCACCGCGACCGCUGGCGAGGCCAACGACGAUGAGCCCUCGACUACCCUAUUCCAGCCCCCCUCAGACGCCGAGGACAGAAUCAAGAGACGCGCAGAAGCACAGUUUGGUCCUCUCCUGCAUUCAAGCCAUAGAUAUGUCAGCAGACACCACGGCGGCACUCUGGAUCCCCCCAUCGAGGACGAGCCUCCUUAUUACUAUGUCCUCACCACGUACAUCAGCUAUCUGCUCUUGAUCUUCUUCGGUCAUGCACGCGACUUCUUCGGCAAGCACUUCGGCGACCAGAAGCGCUACAGCAGCAUCCGGGCCUCCAAUGGCUACGCUCCUCUCACCGAUGACUUCGACAGUUUCUACAUCCGUAGGCUGAAGAGGAGAAUCGACGAUUGCUUUUCCCGUCCAACCAUUGGCGUUCCUGGUCGCUACGUGACACUGGUCGACCGUACGUCAACCGACUACAACCAGAGCUACACGUUCCCCGGCACCUACACCCAAACCCUGAACAUGAGCUCUUACAACUACCUUGGUUUCGCCCAGUCCGAGGGGCCUUGUGCAGAUGCCGCAGAAGAGUGCGUCCGCAAGUACGGCAUGGCUGCCUGUAGCUCUAGGGCCGACGCCGGGACGUCUGACUUGUGUCUCGAGGUUGAGAGAGAGAUUGCUCAGUUCGUCGGAAAGCCUGCUGCCAUGGUCUUCUCUAUGGGUUACGUCACCAACGCUGGCUCUUUCCCAGCUCUCGUCUCCAAGGGCAGCUUGAUCUUGUCUGAUGAGCUCAACCAUGCCUCCAUCCGAGUGGGCGCCCGUCUGUCUGGCGCUAUCAUCAAGUCCUUCAAGCACAACGACAUGGUCGAUCUCGAAAAGAAGCUCCGGGAAGCCAUUUCCCAAGGUCAACCCCGCACGCACCGCCCGUGGAAGAAGAUCCUGGUUGCUGUUGAGGGUCUGUAUUCCAUGGAGGGUAACAUGGUUGAUCUCCCAGGCGUCAUUGCCCUCAAGAGAAAGUACGGUUUUUACCUCUACGUCGAUGAGGCUCACAGCAUUGGUGCUCUCGGCCCCAGGGGACGUGGCGUCUGUGAUUAUUACAAGAUCGACCCCAACGAGAUCGAUAUUCUUAUGGGUACUCUGACCAAGUCCUUCGGUGCUAAUGGUGGCUACAUUGCUGCGGAGAAGCCCAUCAUCGACAAGCUGAGGAGCGUCAAUGCCGCGACUCUGUACGGAGAGUCUCCGGCCCCUGCUGUUUUGAUGCAAAUUCUGGCCUCCCUCAAGAUCAUCGACGGUGUCUUGGCCCCUGGGCAAGGAGAUGAGCGUUUGCAACGAAUCACCUUCAACUCGCGGUACCUCCGACUUGGACUUAAGCGUCUCGGUUUCAUCGUCUACGGCCAUGACGACUCUCCCAUUAUCCCUAUCAUGCUCUACAACCCGGCCAAGAUGUCAGCAUUCAGCCACGAGAUGCUCAAGCGCAAGAUCUCAGUAGUCGUCGUCGGCUACCCUGGCACGCCGCUGAUCAGCUCACGAGCCAGGUUCUGCGUCUCGUCUGCACACAACAAGGAUGACCUGGACCGCGUGCUGGCUGCCUGCGACGAGGUCGGUGACAUCCUUCAGAUCAAGUUCUCCUCAGGUAUCGCUGGAGGAACCGACGAGCCACUGCCCACGGGUGUGUCAGCCGAGAACGAGAAGGAGUGGCGCAAGGCCAACGGACAGGAAGUUAUCAAGCCACCGCGCUGGAGGUUGGAGGAUGUGAUUGAGUGUGGCGCUCGUGAUACCCAGCUGCCUCUGCGAUAG